CGUGAUGUUGGUAGGGGAGUGAGUGAGUUGUGAGCAUGGAUGCAGGAUCAGGAGGAGGGUAUGGAUAUGGGUGGGCAGUAUGUGCUGGAUUCAACGCCGCCCUUGCCGCUAUUUCCACUAAGCUCCCCCUUCCUCAUCAGUUUCUUAGGUACGCCUUUGUGGCCCUCUUCAAUGUCACCAUGUGGGGAUGCUAUGUCAACAGCCUCAAAUCCCUCUCUUCGCUUCAAGCAACCGUCACCAAUUUCGCCACUAAUUUCAUCUCUUCCGGUUUGGCUGGUUUCUUCUUCUUCCACGAAUCACUCUCUCCUCAGUGGUUUGCAGGUGCCUUACUCAUCAUAAUUGGUGUAGUGAUUCUUAGCAAGUCAAGUGUUGAGGAGAAGCUCAGAACUGAUUAGAUGGUUUGGUUUAGCAUAAUGCCUUGCAAUACACUUUCUUGUUGCUUUUUGCCUUUGCCGAAUGGAUCUCUCUGUUUGCACCCAUCUUGUGUAUCUUUUGAUUCCCCAUCUUACUAAGAUUUCAAGCUUCAUUCAAAGUUCAUCUGGUGACAAGUUUUUACAGAGUGAUAUAGCAAUUAGCAGGUAAAAAACAAUGCUCUUAAUUGUCCUUAAUGUUCAUGUUUUACUUAUAUAAGAAAAAACGUUAAUAUUACACAAACAAUCUUAUCUAUCUAGCUGUAAUUUCACUUAUCCUGAUGCUAUUCUGACCAUCCAUUCCAGUCCCUACUGUUAUUUUUAAGAGACAAAAUAUCUAACUAAUAAGCCUAACACCAUAAUCAUUUUAAAAGUUUGCUCAAAAGAUCAAAAAAGAAGGAACCUGUUAGUGAUAUUGGCAUGACAGACCUCAUUCUAUUUUCAAAAGAUGGGAAAUCAUCAGAUAAAGCAACAGGUCAAACGGUACAUAUAGCAGCAACUUUUAUUCAGACUGCUUCAUUUCUUAAACAAAUUUCACACUAGUAUUUGUGUAGCUAUAACUGGGACCUUAAGCUGAACAAGUAUACAGGAAAAUCUAACAAAAUGCAGACCAGGAACUUGGCAACACAAACCUACCUGUUCUGAUAAUUUCUUCUGGCUUAUAUUAUCUAUUACUUUGCACUGAAAGGAACCCUUUUCUUCCUGAAAUAUAUCAUUAUAUCCAAACGAAUUUAGAAAAUUUGUUAUCAAAUUCUUCAAUACAUUGGAGUAUUCUGGUCCCGGGAUUUCUUAGAGAGCAAUUUUCCUUGCAGCUUGAAAAACGUGAAGUGCCGAUAUUCAUUCAUCAGCCACACAGUCUUCUGGAUAGACUCCAAGUAUCACCCUUUUGUUGAAUGGUGUGUCUCCACUCGCGAUUCCUUUGAUUUCUGAGUAUGCUUUAAUUUGACAAAAUCCUGAUCAUGCAUGUUCUUGAUACAAUGCACUUACCCUCACCAUGGCUCCAUGUUCUUUCAGACAUAAUCUUGAAAAUGCAUGUUGCCCGAUCAACAAAAAUCAAGAUUGUUGUUCCCGUUUUAUCUGAAUCAUGGAACAAUAUUUGAUCUUUUCCAAAAUCCCAUCUUUGAAGCUAACCGUAUAAAUGUUAAAUAAUAAAUAUCAAAUUAAUUACUAUCAUUACCGUUUUCCUCUUAACUUCUCAUAUUUGUUCGUUGAAUCUAGGAGCAUUUGUAACAUUUCAUCCUCUUCAAGAAUUGUGUUAAACACCAAUUUCUGAUAACAUUUCAUCCUCUUGAAUUUUUGGUUCAUCCCACAAUGGUUCCUUCACUUUCAAGGCUUCUGCUAAGUACAAUCCUGUGAACAAAUUGAAAGAGCAAUUCUUUAUUGUUUCCAAUGUCUCCAAAAGAUCACAUCAUUGUAUCGAGCAUAGAGGUAACGUUCAAGAUCAAGAAACCAAACCAGUAGAAGGUAAUAGGUUAAGGCGGCAUCAGUGUUCUUUCUUCCUCGUCACGGUGAACGAAGAACGAUUCUCCGUUUUGGUGUUCUCCCGAGCCCAAAAUUACAAAAUGUAGGAAGAGCAAGAAACUGAUUUUCUCUGAUUGAAUGCAGUAUCAUGGAAACUGCCGUGAAUAGCUAUUUAUAGGUUUCCCAAGGCGGCACCACCUGGCCGGUUGGCCGAUGUAUCUCUUUAUUGUUACUAGCGGCCCAACAGGCAUGAGUUUGUUUUUUUGUUGUUUCGAUUUUUUAUUGUU